AUGACGCACCAAAUGAGCAACAAGAAGCUCCAAAAAAUUAUGACUCAGCCGAUUAACCUGAUUUUCAGGUUUUUCACAAACAAGAGUCGAGUUCAGCUUUGGCUGUACGAACAGCCGGACUUGCGCAUUGAAGGCCGCAUUAUGGGAUUUGAUGAAUACAUGAAUAUGGUUUUGGACGACGCGGAGGAAAUUCACCUCAAGAAGAACACCCGAGUGUUCGUCGGCAGGAUUCUGCUGAAGGGAGAAAACAUUUCUUUAAUUAUGAGCACGGGCAGCACCAACACGGAGUAG